AUGGACUUCAAUGAAGUGGGGCGGAAUUACACCAAUAGAGAAAUUGUUCCUUAUGACAUUUCAGUGAGUAAAGAAGUUUCUGAUCCCUUAUGUGAAAACUUACCAUUGGUAUGGAAUGUUUGUACACUCAAAGAUCGAGAAGCUGUUGCAAGACCUGAGAGAAGAACAGCUCUCAUUGCUCGAGAACUAGUUCGUUAUAACAUCGAUAUAGCGGCAUUAAGUGAAACAAGAUUGCCUGGGGAAGGUUUCUUGAGUGAACCAGGAGGUGGUUACACCUUCUUCUGGAAGGGUAAGACUGAGACAGAGGACAGAAUACAUGGAGUUGGUCUGGCAAUAAAAACCUUAUUGAUGCAUCAACUCCCAGACCUUCUAGUGGGUAUCAAUGAAAGAUUGCUGAAGCUGCACUUCCCACUAAAUGCCAAAUGUCAUAUCACCAUCAUCUGUGCAUAUGCACCCACUUUAACAUGCUCUGACAACUCAAAGGAACAAUUGUAUGAAGAUCUCGACAGACUGACCAAGGCCACACCGGUAACAGAUAAACUACUCCUAUUUGGAGAUUUCAAUGCCCGAGUCGGGGCUGACAGCGAGAACUGGAAAGGAGCAAUCGGGUCACAUGGUGUAGGCAAAAUGAACAGUAAUGGAUUACUUCUUUUGAGUCUUUGUUCUGAAAAUGACCUGACCAUUACCAAAACUCUGUUCCGACAAGCAGACAAAUACAAAACAACGUGGAUGCACCCUAGAUCCAAACAGUGGCAGCUGAUAGACUAUUCCAUUGUUAGAAGGUAAGACAUCCGAGACGUACUGAUUACUAGAGUAAUGCGAGGCACAGACUGCUGGACAGAUCACAGAUUAAAGAGCCUUGAUGACAAACUGACAUCCCACGGAAAACUGAUCGGUACUGUAACUGAAAAGUGGGACCAGUUCAAGCAGAUAGUGACUGACACAGCAAUAACAUCUCUUGGACCAAAGAAAAGAACACAUCAGAAUUGGUUUGAUGAGAACCAAGAAGAAAUAUGCUCAGCACUGGAAAUAAAGAGAAAAGCCUUUAUCGAAUGGCAGAAUGACCCCUCCUCAGUCUCUAAACAAGACCAUUUCAAGUACCUUCAGAGCAAAACACAGAAAGACCUCCAUCAGAUACAAGAUAACUGGUGGGAGAGCAAAGCCAAAGAAAUUGAGCACUAUGCUGAGACCCACAACUUAAAGAUGUUCUUUAGUACUAUUAAGACUGUCUAUGGACCCUUUAAACCAACGAUCACCCCAUUGCUCUCAUUAGACAACACAAUGCUGAUUAAAGAUAAAGAAGCAGGUCCAGCAGCACUAGCAGCGUUCCACAGCGUGAUCAUCAACAUCUGGGAGGACAAAAACAUACCACAGGACCUUCGCGAUGCUACUAUUGUCUCUCUUUUCAAGAACAAAGGCAGCAAAGCAAAAUGUGGAAACUAUAGAGGCAUAUCCAUCCUCUCUGUUGGAGGGAAGAUCAUCGCCCGCGUCAUCUUGAACCGCCUAAUAGCCAGUAUUUCCGUGGCAAAUCUACCUGAAAGUCAAUGUGGUUUUCGACCUGGCCAGAGCACAGUUGACAUGGUGUUUGCUGUCAGACAAAUACAAGAGAAGUGCAUUGAACAGAACAUGCACCUGUAUGCUUUCUUCAUAGAUCUGACAAAGGCUUUUGAUACCAUCAACAGGGAAGCCCUUUGGACCAUUCUAACACGACUUGGCUGCCCAAGAAAAUUUGUCCAGAUUAUACACCUUUUUCAUGAUAGCAUGACAGGCAAAGUAUUGUCUGAUGGAGCCACAUCAGCCCCCUUUAACAUCACCAACAGCAUGAAACAAGGAUGUGUUCUCGAUCCUGUCCUAUUUAACCUGUUCUUUGCAUGUGUCCUUAACCAUGCACUGAAAGAUCUGGACCGAGGUAUAUACCUGAAAUACUGGCACGAUGGUUCACUUUUUGACCUCCGUCGCCUGAAUGCAAAG